GCAAUUAUGAAACCCUGCAUUGGACAAUGGACGUUUUUGCAUACGCCGAUUCAAUUGUAAGCAGGGAAGUUUCAACGAGCUCAAAUUUUAAUUUCUUUGUUUUUGUUUUCAGGGCGGUUGAUAAUGUUAUACUUAAUAUUGACAGAUUGUUUCCUAACAUGACCAUGGUUAUUGCAAGACCUUUUGCAUCAAAUGCUGUUUUAACGGUCACCCUUGGUAGAGUUCUACAGGCUGUUAUUGCUUUCAAAGGAUUAAUGAUUGAGUGGGUUAUGAUCAAAGGUUUUGGGGAACAAUUGGACCUAUGGACGGAAUCAAGACAUAAAGUGUUCCGCAAAGUCACAGAGAAUGCUCACGCCGCCAUGCUUCACUUCUACUCUCCAACGCUGCCUGAUCUUGCCGUCCGGUCUUUCAUGGUUUGUUUAACACUCUCAUGCCCAUUUCAUUUUUUAAUAAUAUUCAUUAUUUUU